AUAAAGUAACUCUCGAUAAAAGUCUGGCUUCUAGUUAUUCCCAUUUAAGUAUGUUAGAGAGUAUAGUGAUUACAAAUAUAAAUCUUCAUGAAAAGUUUAUUGAACAGUUGGAAAAGGAAACAAAAAUUCUAGUGGCAUAUAUACAUUGGAAAGAAGGAGAGGAAACUUUUUGGAAAUGGAUGGAAAGUAUUAUAGUUCUCAAAAAUAAGGAAUUAAAUAUAACUGAAAAUGGAAGGAAAAGUGCUACAUUAUGUUCUAAUAAUAUCAACAAGGAAAAGUUUUUACAAGCAAAAUGCAUGAAUGGCAACCUUUUUGGAUUUUCAUUACAAGAGCCAAGAUUGAAUUUUCAAAAUAGAUAUUAUGAAAAUAACAGAAAUGCUAUAGAAAAAAUUAGCAAAGAAUUAAAAAGGUCUAAAGAACUAUAUAAAAAUGAAUUAAAUUCAAAACAUCAAAAGUAUUUAUCAAUGUUUCAAGGAUUAGCUAACAAGUUUCAAGAUGUAAUUUAUAUUCCACCUUGAUAUAUAUUUUAUUUAAUUACAAUAAAAUCUUUUAAAUUUUGGUAAAAUUUAUUAUUAAACAUCAGAGUUGAUACUAUUAAUUGAAUAAAUUGACGAAGUUGAAGAAUCAGAAUUGAUAAGAUAUAAACAUGAUAAGGCAAGGUCUAUAUAAAUAGGUCUUGACACAAAUGUUACCUUACUUAUGAAGCUGCCAUUUUGGGGUCUUUUGAAUAUUGCAGGUUUUAAACAAACUGUACAAGCAGUUAGUUUUAUAUGACAUAAACUAAACAUACAUAAAACCAGUGAGAUUCCUGUCUAAUAAUAAUUUUGGAUGAUUGUGCAAACAUAAUUUUAUGUAACUUGAUCAAAAUAGUUUAAAGUAAAGAGCAUACUUAUUAUUUGCUGUCUUGAUUAAAACGAAUCAAAUUAACAGUUGCAUUAGUUGUAUUGCUUAUGUAUGCAUUUCUGAAAGUGAUGCAAUAAUUACAAACACUACAACACCUUUGCUGAUAGAACUUUUUAUUAAGAAAUGUUUUCAGCUUACCCCCAUAGGCC